UUUAUAGAAAAGGAGGGAAAGUAGAUUAAAAAUAGUAGAAAUUAUGGACUAUUAUUAUUGUCAUACUACUAAAUUUAAAAGAUUGUUUGUUUAUAGUCAAAGGUAAAGAAACAAACAAGUUUGAAAGUUGGGGAAUUUGUAAUUUUAUUUAUUUUUAAAUUCUCAAAUUUAUUAUAUAAUUAUAUAAAUUUAAUUAUAUUCUUCAUGACCAACAUUCAUUGGUGCACAUUUUGAAACGGGCGAUUCGAUCGCAGUCGAUCCGUUGACCAUGGAAAAUUGCGAUCGAUCGGAAGAGCAAAAGGACGAUUUUUCUUUAAUCUUUCUUCCUCUUUUCUUCUCUCCACGAGUUCUCGAUUCUUCGUUCCAUGAAUCCUAGAAUCGCUGCCAAGGAAGGGGGGCGGCUGGAGGCGUCGAGACGCACGCAGCUACGAGCCAUUGGUGAUCGCUCCUGAAGAAGCUUCCCCGCAGGAAUCGGUGGCAAAGCUCGAUCUUUGGAGGAGUGGAUCUGCUUCUGAAAUAUCUGGCCGGGUAGGUAUUGCAUUUGGAUGAUUUUGCAAGUUUUUCCCGAAGGAUUUAGGGUUUGGUGGAUUCGGUCGCUUUCCUCUUCUAUCAAGAUCUUCCUUUGAUCGGAAAAUUACAAGAUGAAGCCAAGGAACAAACCUGACGAAGAGGAAGCUGAGUUCUUCCACUUGCCUUCGAGGAAAAACUGGUCGACCAGGCUGAUCAAAUUCAUUUCUGCUCUGGUCGUAUUCAUGGCGGGGCUGGUCAUAGGCUUAUCGUUGAGCGGUCGCUUCAACGCACAGACCGAAAUCUUCUUCCCGGGCACAAUGUACUCUGUCAACUGCGAUAAGGACUUUCUGGGCUUCAAGAGCUUCGUGACUCCUCAGCAUCUGAUUCAUAGUAUGACAGAUGAGGAGCUAUUCUGGAGAGCUUCGAUGGCGCCGAAAAUGGAGGAGUACCCAUUUCAAAGGGUGCCGAAGGUUGCCUUUAUGUUCAUGACAAGGGGGACUCUGCCUUUCGCUCGGCUAUGGGACAGAUUCUUCAAAGGCCAUGAGGGCCAGUAUUCAGUGUAUCUCCACACACUUCCUGAUUACAAACUUAAUGUCUCUACAAACUCUGCUUUCUAUGGCCGGCAGAUCCCUAGCGAGGAGGUUUCUUGGGGAUCAGUGACAUUAGUAGAUGCAGAGAAGCGUCUCUUGGCCAAUGCUUUGCUGGAUUUCUCCAACGAACGCUUUGUCCUCCUCUCUGAAAGUUGCAUUCCUGUGUACAACUUCACCACCGUCUAUAACUACCUCAUUUAUUCUGCUCACAGCUUUGUUGAAUCCUACGACGAGAACUCACAAGAAGCCCGUGGCCGUUAUAACCGUCGCAUGGCCCCAACAAUCAAGCUCUAUCACUGGAGGAAAGGUUCUCAGUGGUUUGAGCUCAACCGAGAACUGGCGGUGUAUAUCGUGGCAGAUUACCAGUACUACUCGAUAUUCCGGAAAUAUUGCAAGCCUUCUUGUUAUCCCGACGAGCACUAUAUACCGACUUACUUGAACAUGUUCCAUGGGUCUCUAAACUCCAAUCGGACCGUAACCUGGGUCGAUUGGUCAAGGAGCGGGCCUCAUCCGGCAACAUACGGUGCUCCCAACAUUACGGCAGACUUUAUCCGGUCGAUUAGAAACAACGGCACCUCGUGUACUUACAACUCGAAACCAACAUCCGUCUGUUUCCUCUUCGCGAGGAAGUUUGCUCCUAAUGCCUUGGGUCCUCUACUCGCCCUCUCUUCGGCAUUAAUGGGAUUCUGAAGCUUUUAGUCCGAAUCCUUACUUAUUUUUUCAUGCUGAUGUGGCUGCUGGGCUGGCAACAUUGUACAGGUCAGCUUGAAAUCCUGACCCAACUCUUUAAAUCUAGGCAUCUUAAAUUUAUUAUAUUCAAACAAAGAAUAGGGCCAGUAAUAAAGAUGUCAUUAUUGAUUUUUUAUGAAUACAAAUUCAUUUGAUUUUCACA